AUGCUUCAACCCUCCUUUGUCUUGUGGCUGUGUGUCGUUUUCAGCCACUACGUUGUUGUGGCAUGGAUCCCUCCAAGAAAUGCGACCGGCUGGGAACCAGUCGAUGCGAUGCGGCAACGAUUGGGCAUCGACUUUAACUUUACACCUUCCCUGUUACAUCCCGAGAUUUGUCGGUUUUUGACAGUCGACGAAUGCCGUACGGCCGAUCAGAGUAUGCAGGAUCAUGCCGCAGCUCAACGGCGCCGUUUGCAACGCCGCAAUAAUCCCAACUUGGGAAAAUUCAAAGUCCUCAUCCUCCUCGUAGUCUUUGCCGAUCACGUGGAUCGACCAAGAUUGGACAAGGCCGAUGUGGAAAAUACGUGGAAGACAUUGGUGCCCGAAUGGUUUGAUGUCAAUAGCUAUGGUCUUUACGAUAUCGAUCCCGUCGUUACCGAAUGGGUCGUCACGGACAAUACCGAAGAAUACUAUGCGUUUGAUAAGCGAGGGAUUACGCCGGACUUUCAAAAGGCCGCUUGGCCGGCACUCGAUGCUCUGGACAAUACACCGGGCUGGGACUGGUCCAUUUUUGACAUCGACGAAGAUGGCAAACUGGACAGUGUGGUGGUUACACACUCGGGAUACGGGGCAGAGACUCGAGAAGAAGAUGAAUACGGGACACACUACGAACAACGGAUUUGGGCCCAUGCAUUUGCCAACAGUGGACAAAUCAAAUGGACCUCCAAAGACGGGAGUGUCCAACUCAAUGGAUACACCGUCGCAUCGGCGCUAGAAGAUGACACGGGAGUGGAACCCGCCACCAUUGGUCUGACGGUGCAUGAGCUGGUCCUUGCUUCCUGCGAUGUCGUCUACGGAAAGCCCUUUGGAGCAUUUCAGUUUUCUAAUGAUCUGUUCAUGCUGCUGCUUUGUAGGUACAUGCAUACCUUUGGGCUCAUUGAUCUCUAUGCUCCCAUGGGUUUGGGUAUUGGCGGCUUUGACAUCAUGGCAAAUCCAUACGGACCCAAGGGAAAUGCCAACAAACCCGGACACUUGUGCACAUGGAGUAAAAUACAAGCCGAGUGGAUCACGCCCAAAAUCAUUGACUCGGAUGGAAUCUACACGUUGGAGCCACUUCCAUUGUCCAACGAUGCCUACAAAAUUGUCAUCAACUCCUUUGGACCCAACGAAGAGUACUUGCUAUUGGAAAAUCGACAAAAAUUGGAAUUCGAUGUGGAUCUGUACGGCAAUGGCUUGGCCAUUUUCCACAUUGACGACACAAAAGAUGGACAAGACCAAGCUGGAUACCCGGGACACACGGACGACAGUGGCCUGGAAUGGCCCGAAAAUGGCCAUCAUUACGAAGUGGCCAUGCUGCCUGCCGAUGGACAAUACGAUUUGGAACAAGGCAAGAACUAUGGGGAUGCCGGCGAUUUGUGGUCUCCCGGGCAGGAGCUGGGGCCCGGAAAUGGUAACACGGUCUUUCCCAACACGGAUGCCUACAUGGAUGGAUGGGUCGUUGAGUCUGGUGUCACCAUCAAGGUUCUGGAACCGGAUGGUCAGAUUGUCAAGUUUGAAGUCUCCGGGUUGGGCGGAGGCGGCAGUGGUAACAGCAACGGCAAUAGUCCUACGACUUCCAGUCCCACCGCUGCUCCUAUAGCUGCGACGAAAGCUCCGACCUCAUCUACUCCAUCACCAAGUCUAGAGACCGGAAUAGCUACCACAACGAAUGGCACAGAUCUUGGUGACGCUGAUGGAAAUCCCACGAAUCAAUCCAAAAUUGACCUUCCCAACCCGCAAGAUGAUGGCUCUGUGGCCACUGACGGAGCACCCGGCGAUCUCUUUGCCAACAGUAGCACUAGUCCACCUCCCUUCUCCGUUGCGGACAGGCCAUGGGCGGAAAGCUCGUCCGCUAUUGGAAUGAAUGACCUGCUUUGGCAAGCUCUACCGCUUCUAUGUAUCAUGAGUGUGUCUGCGUGGAUAUCAAUCGCAUGA